AUGUUCUUCCCCACCACCUUCGCCACAUUCACACUCCUCCUCCCCCUAACCACCGCCCACCAAACCCUCCAACAACUCUGGAUCAACAACGCAACCCCCGGUCCCCAAAUCGGCAUCCGCACACCCCCCAACAACUCGCCCGUCAAAGACCUUACCAGCCCCUCCCUCAUCUGCAACGUCGGCGGCACAAAAACCCCCUCUGGCGUGAAAACCCUACCCGCCCCCGCCGGCGCCAAAAUAAAAGUCCAAUGGAGUCCUCUCGUGCACAUGGGACCCAUCACACACAUGCUAUACGGCCCCGUGGACGAUGCCUCGCAAACAAGUGGUGAGGGCGCGGGAUGGUUCAAGAUUGACGAACUGGAUAGUGUGGGGGGCAAGUGGGCGAGUCAGGUUAUGAUUGGGGAGAAUUAUACGCAUGAGUUUAGCUUGCCGGAGGGGUUAGCUAGCGGCGAGUAUUUGCUCAGGAGUGAGAUGGUGGCGUUGCAUAAUGCGCAGUUGGUGGGCGGUGCGGAGUUUUAUGUGGGAUGUGCGCAGUUGAAGGUUGAAGGGGGUAAGGCGAGUGGGAAGAGUGAAAAACGUGGGAAGGGCGAGGCCUGUGGACCUACGAUUAGUUUGCCAGGGGCGUACAAGGCGGAGGAUAAGAGUGUUUAUAUUCCGGAUGUUUACAGUGGGUUCGAAGUGGGGAGUUAUAAGGCGCCUGGGGGUCCUGUUGCUGUUUGCGGUGGGGGAAGUGGUGGUGGAAGUGGUGGUGAUGGUAUUCCGGCUUCUGGUUCUCCGGCUUCCAACUCUACUGUCGCUCCGUCGGGGAGUCCUACCUUGCCCAGCGCUUCGACCAUCGCUCCUACUGGCUUCGCUACUCUUGUUCGGCCUUCACCCGGUGUUGCUGCUCCGACUGGUACUGUCCCCAAGGCAAGUGUUGGGACGGCUAAGAUUUGGGAGAAGUGUGGUGGCCAGGGGUUUACGGGUCCUACGACUUGUGAGGGGUCUGCUAAUAAAAGGAAUUGGAAGGAGAUUAGGAAAGGUCUAGAUGCUGUGCACGAGUCCCACCUCGUAAUUGCACGCUUGGACACUCCUUACGCGUAA